AUGCUCUCCUCUGCAACUGAUACAAUCUUCCAAGGCCAAUCCAUAUCUGGAAACCAAACCAUAGUCUCCAAAGGAGGCAUCUUUGAACUUGGCUUCUUCACCCCAGGCAAAUCCAACAACUACUACAUUGGCAUCUGGUACAAAAUAUCGCCUGAAGUAACCAUCUGGACAGCAAAUAGGGCAGCUCCAGUACCCGACCCGACAACUUCCAAGCUGAAGGUAACCAAGACUGGCAAUCUGAUCCUCUACAACUCCAAAAUCCGAGUUUGGUCAUCCAACUCAAGUUCAUAUUUAUCAUCAUCCACCAACAUUAACGUCGCAAUACUCCUUGAUACCGGGAAUUUUGUUCUCAGAGAUCAAACAAACUCAUCUGCUAUACUCUGGCAAAGCUUCGAUCACAUAACUGACACCAGGGUACCUCAUGGAUGGAUUGGAAUGAAUAAAGUCACCGGCGAGUACAAUGCUAUUACUCCAUGGAAAAACACUGAGGACCCAGCUCCAGGACCUUUUUUGGAUACUAUAGACCCCAGUGGCCUCAACCAGUUUGUUUUCUUGUGGAACAAUUCGAAGAGGUAUUGGACUAGUGGCAUCUGGAAUGGAGAAACCUUCAGCUCAUUCCCUGGAAUGAGGGCGGACCAUCGUUACACUUAUAAGUUUGUCGAUGAUGAUAAGCGCAGGUAUUUCACUGUAAAUUUCACUGAUGAGCGAUAUUUGUCACGGAGCGUGAUGCACUCUUCUGGUCAAGUUCAGCAGUGGAUGUGGUAUGGUGAAGCUAAAGGUUGGGAGCUGUUUUGGGUGCAGCCAGUCUCUCCUUGUGACGUGUAUUCUGUUUGUGGAGCCUACGGUAUUUGUGAUCAAUCGAGGAAACCCCCUUGCACCUGUCCACCUGGUUUCACACCAACUUCUGUUAGAGAUUGGGAGCUUGAUGGCUGGAGUUCAGGGUGCAAGAGGAAAACCCAGUUGAAGUGCGGUUACGAGAACUCGACUUCCGGAGAAAAAGAUGGGUUUCUGCCAAUACCCAAUGUGCAUUUACCUGCAGACUCAAAACAGCAGCUGGGAGGAAAAGGUGCUGAAGAAUGUGAAUUGGCUUGUUUGAAGAGUUGCUCAUGUACUGCUUAUGCUUAUGAGAGUGGGUGUUCAUUUUGGAGCGGAGACAUUCGAAAUCUUCAAAGUCUUUCUGAAGAUGACAAUGGGGCUGGUACUCUUUACCUGAGGCUUGCAGCUUCUGACCUGCCAAAAAAAACCGGUGAAAUGAAAUCAAUCAGAAGGAUUGCUGUAAGUGCAGCAAUAGCAAUAGUAUUGUCAGCUACUAUUGCUUUGAUCUUGAUAUUCAUUAGAAAAAGGCGUGGAGAAUCAAAAUCCCCCAAGGGUCCUUUGGUUUCAUAUAGUUACAGUGACUUGCAGCGCAUAACGAAGAAUUUCACUGAAAAGCUUGGCAGUGGGGGUUUUGGUUUGGUCUUUAAAGGACUUCUACCUGAUUCAGAUUUUGUAGCUGUGAAAAGACUUGAAGGGGUUCGACAAGGAGAUAAGGAGUUCCGAAAUGAGUUGGGAACGUUGGGAAGAAUUCAGCAUGUUAAUCUAGUCCGUCUUCGUGGCUUCUGCUGUGAAGGAACCAAAAAGAUGCUGGUCUAUGAUUACAUGCCAAAAGGGUCUCUAGACAACCACCUCUUUCGAAAACAAUCCACGACUUUAGAUUGGAAGACAAGAUACCAGAUCAUACUAGGAACUGCGAGGGGAAUAGCGUAUCUCCAUGAAGAGUGUAGAGAAUGCAUUAUCCACUGUGAUGUAAAGCCAGAGAACAUACUCUUAGAUUCUGAGUUUUGUCCAAGGUUAUCAGAUUUUGGCAUGGCAAAGCUCCUUGGCCAUGAUUUUAGCCGAGUACUAACAACAAUGAGGGGAACCAUAGGCUAUCUAGCACCAGAAUGGAUCGAAGGGCUACCAAUAACACCUAAAGCUGAUGUCUAUAGCUAUGGUAUGAUGCUAUUUGAGAUAGUAUCUGGUAGAAGAAAUUCAAAAUUGGCUGAAGAAGGGAGCAUCAGGUAUUUUCCCGUUCAAGCUGCCAGCAAAGUCAUCACAGGGGAAGUUCUUAGCCUGCUAGAUGAGGAUUUGAAUGGUUCUGCUGAUGCAUUGGAGCUGAAUAGAGUAUGUAGAGUUGCAUGCUGGUGCAUUCAAGAGUUUGAGGCUGAUAGGCCAUCGAUGGCUGAAGUUGUCAAAAUCUUGGAAGGGGUUUUAGAUUUGAAGAUACCUCCGUUUCCUACAAUUCUUCAACGUCUUGCUGAGGAGGUUUCCACGGUUAGUUACUAUGAGUAGUCACUAGUCACUUGAGAUGUGCUUUCUUGUGUUGAAAAGGGUCUCAUUAGUGCUAAGGUAGAUAUCAUAUUUUUCAUGUUAGUAGUUGGAAAUUAGAAAUAUAUAUUGACUUCAUGUUUUUAAGCAAUCUCCAAUAUGUCCUAUAUCCGAAUUAAGGUGCAGACAAGGAAAGGCAGGCUUGCAUAUGGUUGUUUUCUUCUUUAGGAAAUGAUUUGUAGGUUAUAACUAUAUAAAUAUUUUGAAUGAGUCUUCUCUUGGUUCUUGCUCCAUGGCCGAAUUCUAAUUACUUAUAUUUCUAUUGGGAUGAUGUGCCUCUCCUUUUCCUCUCAUCUUAUGUUCCUAUAAGUAGAACUCAAUAUUAGCCUUGAAGGAUCCAAAUUCUAAGUAUCAAUUUCAGUCUUUAUGCAGCUAAGGUACAUGUGAAUAGCAUUUAGCAUGUAACCAUCAAAUAAAAACUUUGUAUUUCAUUGAACAUCCUCAAUGGAAAAUUUUAGGCUGAAGU